GUAUGAUGUUGAUCAGCAUGUGCAGUCCUCAGGGACUGGCUUCUCUUUGUUCCCAUUGUGUCUCUCUCUCUCCCCUCUCUUUGCAUUAGUGGGAGGGAGCCCGUGUUCACAUCAAUAUUCCCAGUGCUGACAGGAGGCGCAUCCAGUCCGGGCUGUGUGAAGGAUGCUGCAGCCUGCUCUCCACUACAGCAGCCAUCAGAUACUCUGACUGAGCGAGGACAGGACAGACAGCCGAGGCAGGAGCACCCGGAGCGGUUUGCUAGGGGAGGACGGACGGACAGCCAGUGGGCUCUAUCUUGCGGCCAUGGCGGAUGUGAAGUGCGGCAGUAACGUUGGCUCUCCGGCUGCCGCCAAUGGUCUGGUGGCGAACGCGGAGCUGGAGGUGAAGAAGCUCCAGGAGCUGGUCAGGAAGCUGGAGAAACAGAACGAGCAGCUCAGGAACCGAGCCAGCGCCGUUAGCAACUGCACGGCCAGCCCGCACCUGCUGCUCCAGCAGCCAGCCCCUGCCCUGCACCAAGCGGGCACCUGCCUGAGCAUGGCACGGCCUGCCAGCGGACUCUGCCUUCCCAGCCCCGUACCCACCCUGCUCUGCACCUCCACGGUGGGCGGCAGCCUCUACCCUCCGGAGGGCAUGAGCUACUACAGCGCCAGGCAGCCCUUUUCUUGCAUGAGUGUGGCAGAAGGGCCACAGCAACAUGUCCAUUCUGCCACCCCAGGGGCCACCACCAGCAUGCUAGACGAGGUGGAGAUUUUGGACCUUGAAGAUGGGUAUUGCAGUGAUGACGAUGAUAACUGGUUGUAUAUUUCGCCUACCAAGAAGCAUAGACCAUUUGAUAAUUCUAUGAGUCCAAUGCAAUGGUGCAGGCAAGUACUUGACAACCCAUCUCCUGAGAUAGAGGCAGCAAAGAGAUCUCUGUGCUUCAGACUUGAACAAGCUGGCAGAUGGAGGAGUCUCUUUUCCACUCCUGUUUCCAUGUCUUUUCCAUAUAGUCCUGUUGCGAGACUCACUCCGUAUUGCAAUGGCUUAAAUUCUCCCAGCAUCCUUAAAAACCCAACUAAAGCAAUACUAACACCUGAGAAGACAGGUUACAACUCUAAGGGUUCUGCUUUAAGCCCACAGUCCUCAGUGGACAGUGAACUGAGUACCUCUGAGCUGGAGGAUGAUUCAAUCGCCAUGGGAUAUAAGCUGCAAGACCUCACUGAUGUUCAGAUUAUGGCUCGGUUACAGGAAGAAAGCCUAAGGCAAGACUUUGCAUCUACCUCCACUUGCAGUUCUGUGUCAAGACAUCGCUCCAGCUUUUCACUAUUCUCUGGGAAGAAAGUAUCAUGUAUUAGUGAUCAAGACUCCGACCGCUACAGUGUUGAAGAUGAUGAUGAAGACUUUGAUAAUUUACCACCACCUCAGCCCCGACUCAGUCGUUGUUCCCCUCUACAGAGAGGAAUUCCUCAUUCACAGACUUUCUCUAGUAUUCGGGACUGUAGAAAGAGUCCUAGCUCUCUCUAUCUCAACUCAAAUGGUUAUCAGCAAUACAGUUAUACGUCACCAACCCAAACACCAGAGCAACCGCAGAACAGGAUAUAUGGAGAUAAGCUCCGGAGAAGCAUGCCUAAUUUGGCUCGAAUGUCAAGCACACCUUCUAGCACUGUGGUUUCUUCUCCAGUUACUGUACGCAACAGCCAAAGUUUUGAUUCUAACCUGCAUGGUGCUGCAAAUGGCAUUCCGAAACUGCAGUCAAGCAUACCUUCACCUGGUCAACUUCAGCAGAGAGUACUCAGUGUGGGUAACUUUCCAAUGUCUGCAAGGCCACCUCUGAAAGCAACAGCGUAUGUCAGUCCAACUGUGCAAGGAAGCAGUGGUAUUCCUAUGUCAACCAGUUUACAGUGCUUGUCAAGCUCUGGCAUCCCAAUGCCAAACAAGAGUCCAAAUACAGUGACUAUAGGUCGUAGUGCUCUUCCGAGACCAGCAUCAUUCUCCAGCAGCAAUGGGAGUAGUAUACCACGCAGCAAGAUCGCACAGUCGCCACGAAGUUUUCUUCAGCCUCCGAAGACUUUGUCGUCCCUAAGCACUCUGAGAGAUGGCAACUGGAGGGAUGGAUGCUACUGACCUUUUCCUUCAAAAUGUUUGUUUUUAUUCAAAUGAUAAACCAGUGUAUAAAAUGAAAGCAAUUAAGAGUGAUGUAUAGCCCAGCUGGCUGGGUAACGUGCAUUCAAAAUAAGUCAUCCUUAAGUUUUUAAUAUUUGUAAUAUACGUCUUAUUUGAGCAUACGAUAAAAGACUUAUGGUCUUUAUGUAGUUCUUUCCUGUUUUGACGUGGAAUCAUUUUUUUUAGACCAAUAACUGCAGUUAUAUAUUACAGGCUAGUAUUUUCUGAACAUAUGCAAAGGUGCAUCAAAAAGCACUUUUUUCUUUUCUCGUUAAAAUGCAGUGCAGAAAAUCUACAACUUUUUGUCUUAUGGUGCAUUAAUUAUAACAUACCUAUUCACUUGCUAGACUAUUUAUUAGAAUAGACAUUGUUAUAUGCACAAGGUCACUAACAACAUUUUUUUUCUUUUGUUUUACAUCUAGAAUAAGUACGUAUACACAUUUUAAAAUGCUGCUUAAUAAUUUGUGCCAUAGAUAAUAUAUAUAUUUUUUUUAUCACUUCCAUUUUGGUAUGUGUGAGAGUCAAUGGUAAUCUACGUAAGGUGUACUUUUUGUUGCAAAAAGCACAAGGGUAUAAGGACUAAUCACUGAAAUGUUCAGCAGAACCACCUUAAAACUUGUUUUGUCAUUUUCUUAUAUUUACAUGUUAAUUUAUUUGUUUAUUUAAUGAUUUUCUACCUAAUAAUAAUAAUGACUUACUCUGCAGAGAUACUGCUUAAAACUACAAGAGGGCUGGGGUGUCACAUUUUUUCUAAUUUUUACAACGGUUUUACUUGGUGUCGAAACACUGAAGAUAAAAGGUCUUAUUGGACAAUAAACUUUUGAUAGGCAUUUUACAGAAAUUUAAUUGCACUAAUGCUUUAAUAAGACAGUAUAUGAUUUCGUACCGAUGGUAA